AUGCUGCCAGUUUUUGAAACCUUCAAGGAGAGACCUUGGCUCACCGUGUUGGCUUUGAUAGGUCUCUACUACUGCGUGAUUGUUCCCGGUCGAAGAAUUAUUCACACAUAUCGAGUCCGUCAAAAGUAUCUGGACAUUCCAAGUCUGCCACGGCAUCCAUUGUGGGGCAAUCUGGUCAAUGUCGGGAUGAAACUCGAUCCUACCAUAAAUCGGCAUCCAGAUUAUGGAUUUGAGGAGAUUUGGAACGAACUUGGCCACCCUCCUGCGUUCUUGUUCGACCUGAACCCAAUUGACAACGCAUUCCUCGUUAUUGCGGAUCCCACGGUGGCAGAAAAUUUCAUUCAACCAAGUCCACAGUUCAAGUACUCGACGUUGAAAAGUGAUACUCUCUCGUCGCUUUACCGCCUGAUUGGGCGGGAGUCUCUGAUUAUUGUAGAAGGCGAGGAGUGGAAGAACCUUCGCAAACGUUUCAACCGUGGCUUUGCUCCUGCCCAUCUGCAUUCACUGUCGCCGUUAAUCAUUUCCAAGACAAGAAUAUUCAUCGACAGAUUAAAGGGUGUAGCGAAAACCGGCGAGGUGUUUGAACUGAAAGACUACAGUCAAGACCUGACUACCGAUAUUAUUACCCAGCUCACCAUUGAGAAAGACUUCCGCGCACAAACUACGCCAGAAGGGCAGGGCCACAAAAGCAGGCUUGGGUUACUGACAGCCUCACGGGACUUGUCGGAGUUGAUGUUCAAGACUGGUCAAGGAUUCAAUCCGUUCGCCUAUUUCGAUAUCAUCCGCCCAACAAAAGCAUGGUUUUACGAGCAAGUGUUCAACCACGAAUUGACAAAAGUUAUCAAACAGCAGAUCGAAGCCGAAAGAUCUUCCGAAGAGAAUACCAACAGUGAUGCCACCAAGGAGGACAAAUCAAAUGCACUGCAAGUCAAAUCAAUUUUGCGUCUCGCAUUGUCUGGACUUGAACCGACCCAGGAACUCAUUCGCAAUUCGGUGUCGCAGAUCAAAUCCUUCCUGUUCGCGGGACAGGAUACAACUGCCACAUUGAUCCAAUGGAUGUGCUUUGAACUUUCCAAGAGCUCAUUUUCUGACCAUCACCGCCAGAUCGCGAAGAACUUGGUCAAGGAACACGAUAAAGUAUUUGGAGUCACUGAUGACCCUUUCCAUGCUCUAGACAUCCUUGGGAAAGAGGAUGACCAAGGCCGCAAGGACGCCGAAGCAAUCCUCGGGAGCGGACUGCCAUACACGACGGCUUUCAUUCGUGAAACCCUCAGAUUACACGCUCCGGCAGGCACAGCUCGACGCAUUCCUGACAUAACCCCAGAAAACCCUACUCCAUUUAAGGUUGCACUCCCAGUCUCUCCAGACUCGACAGAAACAAAGGAUGUCGUGGUCAAUGGUCUGAGGGUGUAUCCCGCUCAUUAUCUCAUCCACCGGAACACAUCAAUCUGGGGCGAAGAUGCGGCCGUGUUCCGUCCAGAAAGAUGGCUUGAUGAAGACUAUAUCUCAAAGCUACCCCCUGGGUCAUGGCGACCGUUCGAACGCGGUCCUAGAAAUUGCAUCGGCCAAGAGCUGGCACUUCUAGAAGCGAAGGUCGUGCUCUGUGCGGUGGCUAGAGGACUUCUAUUUCACAAGGUGGGGUAUUCCGGGAAGAAGGCGGCGGGCAUUGUAAAGGGAGAUGGGACGGACGAUCCUGAGAGGGAGAUCUGGAGUAAGCACAGCGUCACAUCGGUAGUUAUGGAUGGGAUGAAGAUGAAGGUAGAAUUGAAGGAAUGA